CACACACUUCCACUAUUUUCCCCCCUAUAAAUACCCCAUUUUACAAAUCAAAUUUCACAAGUCACACUAAAAGAUUAAAGCUUAUCAUAUUGUAGACAAAUAUCUUUUCUUUCUAAAAUUAUUUCAAAUUUCCAAUAAUGGCCAUCUCUAAAGCUCUCCUUGCUUCAUUAUUUCUCUCCUUGCUCCUUCUCGAACAAGUUCAAUCUAUUCAAACUGAUCAUGUUGCCAGCAAUGCUAUUUCUGAAGCUGCUUAUUCCUACAAGAAAAUCGAUUGUGGGGGAAAGUGUUCAGCGAGGUGCCGAUUAUCGUCAAGGCCAAGAUUGUGUAAGAGGGCAUGUGGAACUUGCUGUGCUAGAUGCAACUGUGUUCCUCCUGGCACUUCUGGCAACACUCAGACUUGCCCUUGCUAUGCCAAUAUGACUACUCACGGCAACAGACGCAAAUGCCCUUAAAAUAUCCUCUGCUACCUACUUAUUGGUUUCUCAUUACUAUUCUUUACUGGUAUAUUAUUCGGUCCAGACUCUGCUCGUGGGAUUGCAGUGAGUAUGUUAUUGUUGUUGUAGUAUAUAUAUUGCUCGGUCCGUCGGUAUUGUAUCAAUAUUCAAAAUCCAUUAAAUGUCUGUACGUAUCCUACUUCUUUUGUCUUUUAAUUUGUUUUUGAGGAAUUGUAUCAUCUUCAUUGGUUAAUAAAGUUUGUAAUAUUUGUAUUAUUAUGUGAGAUGUGUGGAAUAAAAUAUGAAGUUUGUCUGUGUA